CGACCCACAGCCAGCGACGACUUGGCCGGCGUGUAAACAAAGCACAGUCAACCACGUCGACAUUCACCACGCCUCACCUUGUGACUUAAACGCCCCAAUUCAUCGUUGUGGAUAUGACUUGUCUUUUAAAAACGCUGUCUAACCGAGAUUAGCUGUGACUGACCCCAACAUGCUGGGCUGGAUCACCGGCCAGAACGAGGAGGAGAAGCAAUCCACGGAUAACUCGAGAAUUGCUGAGCCUCCGCAAACUCCCGCUCCUGUUUUCGCCAUACGCGCUUUCAAGAGCGCUCUCUUUGGAACUCCUGCGGGUGAAGAUGAUACUGUGGGACAGGCGGCUUUUUCCGAGCGUCAGGCAGAUUCAAUAAGGCCGAAAAAUAACCCUAUCUCCCAGAUCCCAGAGUGGCCAAAAAUGCCUGAAAAACAAAAUUCGAACUCAGCAAAUCAGCUCAGUCAAUCGCCUACGAAAAGCAUUCUGGUCACGCCUGGGACUUUGGCCAGUCGACGAAAGACGGUUUCGUUCGGCAGUACGGUGCACCACGACGAUUUAAGAAAUAGCCAAGACCAGAAAACUAUCCCUUCAGCUCCAGGCUCCGUGACUAACCAGUGGAUGUCCGCUCAGGCCACCAUGAAUUCAAAGCCUAGGAGCAAACUCACCCAGAGUUUGCUUGAUGCUCGAGAAAAGCCUACAGAGAAUCUUCCAAGACACAUUUCGCCUGCGCGAAGUGAGAAACUGCCAACUGCAAACCAGAAUCAAAACACGAUGAGCGUGGAAAAUGUCGGACAGAACGAUGUCACAAUUAAUCUCGAUGACCCCCAAUCACAAUCAGGCCAAUAUUGGAAAUCUGAAUUCGAGAAUUAUCGGAAAAGGACAAAUCUAGAAAUAAGAAAACUUAUUCAAUACCGCUCAGUCGCAAGAUCCUACGCGCGCAAGAAAGAUGCAGAGACUAUGCGCCUGACAGAGAAAUUACGAAAGGAAGAGGAGAAAUUCGCUGAGAUGGAACGCCAAGUAACAGGACUUGCCUCGAGCAUGGUUAGCAAGGGCGCCGAUGUGGAUAAGGAAGAGUUGGUUCAGGAACUUACCAGACAGACCGCCCUAGUUGUUCAGUAUAAGCAUAAAGUAGACACACUGCGGAAUGCUCUCCAACGGCAUGGCGUGGUGGGUGGAAGAGACGACGAAACCGACGCUGAUGAAUCUGUGAAAGAAGACAAGAAAGAGAUCCGUCGGUUAAAGCAUGCUCUCGAUCAGGCGAACAAGAGGCUAGAGGAGAAGAACCACGAUGACGAGCUAGGAAAAGUACGAAAUCUAGCUAAGUCCUCAGAGGCUAAGGUCUCAAAACUCGAGAAAGAAAAUGCCGAACUAAAGAAAGGUAUUUCACGACUCAUGGAAGCGUCAAAGGAUUAUGAAGAACGGCGAGUUGAGAGAGAAGCAAAGUUGAAACAGCGUGCCAUGAAAAUGGAAUUACGAAAUCAAGAAUUAAAAGGGAGAUUAAACCAAUAUCGUGAUACCUUUCAACAAGAGACGAAGAUGUACCAGGAGGAAAUCAAAUUUUUGAAAACCAAGAUUCCUGCUGUCGAGCAAUUACAACGACCAGAUCGUCUGGAAGAUACUUAUCAAAAGCUCCCCGAAGCAUACGCCGGUAUUGAGAUUCAGGACUUCGGCAACCAUUGCGUUCAAACAUAUUCAAGGCACCCUCAGGAAAUGUUGCAGAUGAAAAACGGAUAGCGAAGCGAGGAAAUGAAGAAGAAGUGGCAGAGCCACCACAGAGAACUUCUAACGGUCUGCCUCGGGCUGGUCUUCUCGACAUUGGUCCUGACCCUUUACCGCCA